CUGCAUUGUUCUAUUUACACAUCUAUUGUGUAUGACUGUUUGGUAUGUGGUGAAAAGGGAUUUUUUGUGUCUAGAAGACUAUUACAUGCAUCUAAAUUCAGUUUUCAGAAUAAUAUCUUAAGGAUAUAACGCCAUAUUAGUAGUAUUCUUGGUACGAAAUGGAUGUGUUUCAUUUGUGUUUUAAACUUAAUUUUUGUCUCUUGAUGUCUAUGUGUGUUUCUUCUCAGACACUUUAUAAUAGUGACAAAGAAAUCUACGAAGGCCUAAACGUAGACAACAGAAUCGAUGUUCUACAGAUGGCUUUGCAAGAAGGUGAAAAACGAUUGCGAGAAACCACUCUCCGUUUACACGAAAUUAUUCGGACGUUAGAAAAAUCGAAUAAAGACUACGACGAUUUAUUAAAAAUGUACAGUUUAAGGAUUGUUCCAAAUGAUAACACAAUAGAUGAUAUUUGCGUUCGACACCCACGAUUGGUUAUAGAAAGCACCACAGACUGUCACAAGUAUUAUGACUGUUCUAAUAUUGAUCCUGCAUUAGGCGGCGGAAUAGGCCAAAUGUUCAACAGUUGGACUGCAAAACAUCUGCAUGAGUGUCACUAUCCGCUCUUGUUUUCCAAUGAAACACUUCGUUGUGAAAAUUACACCGAAGUUGUUUGUGGAACGCGUUAUGAGCCAAAAUGGGCUUGUAGAUACUACAGACUGCAAUGUAAAGGAUCUCACUGCAUACCUUGUGGACUAUUCUACCCUAAAUGUGAAGAUAAAGACGACGGACUAUGGUCACACCCUGAAAAGAAUGGGCCUUACUACAUGAUUUGUCAGAAUGGAAGGACAAUCGAGACAGGAACUUGCCCACGAGAUGAAACAUGGGGUGUUCAGUCCUUUCCUUUCAAUGGUAAAUGUGUACAAAUGUUUGCUAUACCUAAAGAUUACAAUGGUAUUGGCUAUCUUCCGUCUUGUAACGGAACAGCAAACGGAAAUUAUCAGUAUCCUGAACAGGUCUGUGACGCUUACUACAGAUGUGAUGGUGGAAGUGCUUCAGCUGUGAAAUGUCCCCAGAAUACGGUCUUUGACAUAUUAACCAAGACUUGUAAAGUUGGAGGUACAUGUACAUAGAGAUGAUUUUAAAGUUGUACAAAAUUAUUUUUCCUACAAUGUAUACUAAUUUUUUUAUGUUCAGAUUUGUAAAAUUUAGCUAUU